AUGGAUUCAAAUCAGCUUUCCCCCGAUUGGUCUUCAUUAUCUACAGAUGACAAACUUACAUUAGUGAUGAAGUCAGUUGCGCAAUUACCAGUGCUUACGACUGAAUUUAAGACAUUGUCUUCAAAAAUCGAUGAUCUUGGUUCUCGAUUAAAUAUGUUACAAAUUGAGCAAUCUAAUACCAAAGAGGCUCUUAAUUCUAUAAACUCUAAUGUAAAUUCGAACACUACCAAUAUCAUCCAACUAAGAAAUGAGCUUGAAACUAUCAAGGAAGAUACACUAAAAAAUUCUAAAAGUUUAGCUGAUCAACAUGCCUUAAUUUCAAGUGUUGCUACAUCAAAUGAUUCUUCUGGAGUCCUGCCUAAUUACCAAGUUACAUCAGAAUUGGUUAUCUCAGGCAUUCCGGAUUCAGUUGUCCAAGGUUCAUCUGCAAUAGAGAUCACUUCUAGUGUAUUCAAAGCUCUCAAAGUACCCGAACUCAAGACUGACAUACUUUCUUCUAGGUUAAUAGAAAAGAGAGCCAAAAGCUUUUCAAAUAUUGUAAAAGAUAAUGCAAAACCUAUCUUGCACUCAAUCAUAGUUAAACUUAAAUCUCCUAAAAUACGAGAUUAUAUUAUAGAAAGUAAGAGAAAGCUUAAAACAUUACUAAUUAAAACUGUCUUCCCGGAAACGGCAAAUGUUUCUAAGGGUUUUUUAUAUGUUAAUGAAUUUUUAAAUGCUGAAAUACAUAAAUUGUUACUUAUAACUAAGUCUAAGGCUAAAACUCUACGUUUUAAGUAUGUUUGGGUGCAAAAUGGUUUGAUAUUUGUUAAAAAAGAUGGCAAUACUGCUAAAAUUAAGAUCUGUUCUGAAGCCGAUCUUAUUAAACUUGAUUAA